AUGGCUGACUUAAUAGAUAGACCUCGUUCUGAGCUCACUGAGCUUGAACUUCAAAAAUUGGAAGAGUUUGAGUUUGCCAAUGGCCCCAUGUCUCUUUUACAGAAUGCAGUCAAUAACAACACCCCAGUGGUUGUAUCGUGUCGUAACAACCAUAAGCUCGUAGCCAAGGUUAAGGCCUUUGACAGACACUGUAAUAUGAUUUUGGAAAAUGUGAAGGAAUUGUGGACUGAAUCAGUUAAGAAUAACAAAGGGAAGAAGAUAAAGACCAUUUCCAAAGAAAGGUUUGUACUGAAGAUGUUUUUAAGAGGUGACUCGGUGAUUAUAGUGUUGAAGGCACAAGUGUAG